AUGAAAAACAUAAAACAUAAAGUGGUCAUCAAAGAAUUUCAUCAUCAUGGUGUAAGCUGGGAAGAUAUCGAACUAGAAGCUCAGAUAUUAUCAUACCUUAAAGGACAAGAUAUAACACCCAAUUUUCUUGGUGUUUUAACACCACGUAAAAAGUCUAGAAAUUACAGUCUAGUUCAAGAAUAUUACGGUCAUGGUAAUGUAGAAGAUAUUUAUCUGGAAUAUGAUUUGCCACCAGAUGCUUGGAUUAUUAUUUGUAAAAAUAUUUGUAAAAGUUUAUUCCAAAUUCAUUGUAAUCAUAUUCUAUUCAAUGAUUUAAAAUCAGAUAAUAUUUUAGUUGACUUAAAUACUUUGGACAUUCGAUUUAUUGAUUUUGGCAUGGCAACAUUCAGGAAAGGUAUGCGAUUUGAAGGCUGUUCGGGAAGUCUAGGAGAGUGUCUAUUCUAUGCACCGGAAGUGAGAGAAGGAUGUUUCUCUACACCUCAAUCAGAUAUUUAUAGUCUUGGUUUUUUAUUUAAACAAAUCAUAAAACGUGCUAAUGUAUAUCAAUUAUUUCCAUUAUAUAAUUCUUGUACAAAAAUUCAAGCGAUUGAUAGACCGACUCUACCAGAAAUAAUGGAUUAUUAUUUUGUAGCUAAUGAACUCAAAAAAAAAAAAAAAAGGAAAAAAGAACUGGAUUCUGAUAUCCGUUUAGAGCCAGCAACGUAUCAGCCAGCAAGACAAAUUCAAGAUGGUAACCAGCGUGUGUUGGAAUAUCUACUGGCUCUUAUUCACCAAGGUCUAAGACGUAGUAUCAUUUUAAGCAGAGAUUCGAUACCGAAUUUGCCAGAGGGGCAGAAAGAAUUGCAAAAUACAAUGAGAAGGGCAGAGGGGUCCCAUAUUUCCAUCGCCUCUGAUUUUUGGCAAAGAAUGAUGUUAAACUCGGAAAUUAUGGACGUCUACUAUCAGAGUAAGAUUCUAAACUCUCCCAAUGAAGAGAGGAUGAAGAAUUCUGAUGGAUUUCAACCAAGUUUAAUUCAACAAAAUCUUCAGUGCUUCAACAGCCUAAGAUUAAAGGCAUUAAAGGUAAUGCAAAGUAAUGCACUGACUCGAUCUACAGUCAGUGGUUAUAGUUCUGAUCUGUUGCAAAAUACACAUCAAUACAGGAUCAGCAGUAACACAGGCACGGGAGAUAUUCCUGGUAUUUCCAAAGUAGUGCCUAAAAAAAUCCGUUUUCUGAUUGUCUCCUACCAUUCAGAGCCAAUCUGCGAACAGCUCGACACUUCAACACAAAUGGUUGGUAGUGUAUCUGUAACACCAAAGACUCAAACUGUGCCAAGUGAGUUUACUGAAGCUGCCACACAAACACUAUCCAAUCAUUCUGAAGCUGCAACACAGACAAGCUACAACUGGUUACCAGUAGCUACUGAAGUGAGUGCCACUACAAUUUCGACUUCAAUUCAGACGUCGUCAUCAGAUGUAAGUGAUGCUUCGAGAUCUCCAGAUUCAGGCCUACACGCUGUUUCAGUCAAUGGAACAUCAAGCCAACAACAGUUUUCUGAAGAUAAAAUCAUGGUAAACUUCCAAAAGUUUAAAGAUGCUUUGGAUAGCAUGCAUGAAUCAUUGAAAGCAUCUAUUGAACAACUAAAACAAGAUGUUGAUAGAUUUGCCAACUCUAGGUCAAUAGAAUAUAUUCGAUCAUCAUCUGAUUUAUUUGAUCCAGUUAAUAUUAAAUACAACACUCCUCUAGAUACAGAGGAUUGGUAUUCUGCCAAGGAUGAUUUUUACAGCACGUCAACCAAUAACUACUCAUAUGACAAGUCAAAUGCUGAUACUCCAGAAUAUUUUUACUCCAUCACAGAUUCUUCUACUGACCUUUCAGCUACCAGUUCAUAUCAAACCCUUGAAUCAUAUAAUAGUGAUGAAUCAGAGUUUUAUUCCUUCAAAUCAUCUUAUGAAUCUAACAGGUCAUAUAAAAGUGAUAAGUCAGAAUAUAUUUCCUUCAAAUCACCCGAUAAGUCUUCCACUUCAUAUGCACACUACUAUUCGAUUGAUUCUGAUUACGAUUCCAGCUCAAAUCAACAUUUUUUAUCACCAACUGAUGCAAAUGAACACAGUAUUUCAUUACAGCAAAAUCAGGACAUCAUUUCAUCUCAUCAUACCAGCGUUGAUGUUCACUAUGCUAACUCCAGUAACAACGAUACUAGUUCGUGUGAACACGACACAAUUAACAAUGAAGACUAUAGUAGUUUUGAAAAAGAGUUUGAUAUUCGGAACUUAGUUACUAUAAACAGUUUUGGUCAUUUUUCCCUAGAUAAUUCUACUAUGUUAUCUAUGUUUGGAUUCGAUCCGCGGAAUUCUCCAUUUGUUCCUUGUGGAUACAUUGAUAUAGGUCACUUACCAGAAACUUUAAACAGUAUAGUACUUCAGGAUAUUAAAAGAAGCGACAUAAGAUAUGAAAUAAAUGAUGAUAAUUCAUAUAAUGAAAUAGGAAGAGGAAGUUUUGGAGUUGUAUAUCUUGCCAGUAUGAAAAACAUAAAAAAUAAAGUUGUCAUCAAAGAAUUUCAUCAUCAUGGUGUAAGCUGGGAAGAUAUCGAACGAGAAGCUCAGAUAUUAUCAUACCUUAAAGGACAAGAUAUAACACCCAAUUUUCUUGGUGUUUUAACACCACGUAAAAAGUCUAGAAAUUACAGUCUAGUUCAAGAAUAUUACGGUCAUGGUAAUGUAGAAGAUAUUUAUCUGGAAUAUGAUUUGCCACCAGAUGCUUGGAUUAUUAUUUGUAAAAAUAUUUGUAAAAGUUUAUUCCAAAUUCAUUGUAAUCAUAUUCUAUUCAAUGAUUUAAAAUCAGAUAAUAUUUUAGUUGACUUAAAUACUUUGGACAUUCGAUUUAUUGAUUUUGGCAUGGCAACAUUCAGGAAAGGUAUGCGAUUUGAAGGCUGUUCGGGAAGUCUAGGAGAGUGUCUAUUCUAUGCACCGGAAGUGAGAGAAGGAUGUUUCUCUACACCUCAAUCAGAUAUUUAUAGUCUUGGUUUUUUAUUUAAACAAAUUAUAAAACGUGCUAAUGUAUAUCAAUUAUUUCCAUUAUAUAAUUCUUGUACAAAAAUUCAAGCUAUUGAUAGACCGACUCUACCAGAAAUAAUAGAAAUACUUGAUACAUUAUAG